AUCGGCGGAGCGCGCGCACUACCCGGCGGGCGCCCGGGCGUCUCGCUUGGCCGCUCGGCUCCUGUCCAUAAAGCGCCGGUACUCUCUCACAGCCGGGUACAGCAGGCGGAGGCAGCCUCGCAGGAACGCGGCCAGCAGCGAUAUGUCCAUACAUGGCCUCCUCUACUGUCAUGAUGAGGCCAAACUCGGGUUGGAGGAGCAACACCUCAUCUACCGUCUGGGUACCCUCCAGCCUGGUGGUAUGAAAAUUGAAUUCUCCAAUUUCCGUGAUAACGGAAUAACUGGAGCUGAGCAGAUGAACCGUGAAGGUGCCCACGGGAAGACUCCCGAUGAGAUGUACAUCCAACAGAAGGUGCGAGUGCUGCUUAUGCUGAGGAAGAUGGGAUCAAAUCUAACUCCAAGUGAAGAGGCUUUUCUACGAACAUACGCCGGAGUAGUGAACAGCCAGCUUAGCCAACUUCCACAGCACCCAAUUGAUCAGGGUGCAGAGGACGUUGUGAUGGCCUUCUCCAGACAAGAAACUGAGGACAGGCGGCAAUGAAGGACUUGAGGUGGCAGGCAGAAAGAUUACGGACGAUUCUUAAUGCAGAAUCCAGAAUGCUCACAAGUUGCUUGUCUCCUCGUGUACUUGAGCAUCACAGCAAAGCCUGUGACUGCCAGGGUUGUGCAUCUGGACUGCUUCUAACGACCAGGGGCAAAAAGGCCCAAUUUCUUUUUGGUUGGUCAAAGGGAUUCACUGUCCUCUUCUAUUUUAAAUUUGUGUGCAUUGUCUUUAUUUUUUUUAAGUUUAUUACAGCUGCUCCUAGUUUGCAGUGUCACUGCAGCUUGGACAUUGUGUGACACAUGAUGGCCUCUGCCCCCGAUGCUCUGCAUUGUGCACUCCUCCUGUGGAAGGAGAUGGUGUUUUCCAGUUCAUGCUGGUGGACUCUGUGGAGAAUUGACUGACAUCACAUGUCCUUUUACUGCAGCCUAGUAAACACAACAAAUCACAACGGCUCCUCCCUGGAAACAGCACCAUAUGCAACAAGUGAAACAUUAACUUAAAUUUCAUUUUUAUGUCCUAUUAAAACUAAUAUGGUUACUUGUUCUUUUUGUUUGAAUUUAAACAAAUUUUAAAAUCUUGGACAAUUUAUUUAUGUACGAUGACCAAAAUGUAUUCAGAGUGCUUGCAUUACUGUGUCCAAUGCCUUGCCCUCCCCUUCCAUACUUUUUUUUAAAGAAAAUGGCUGACACUGAAUAACAAUUUACUUGAAGGAAAUACUCCGGGGGACAUAAGUAUAUUACAAAUGGAAUUAAACAGCAGAGGUAGCAAGUCAUCAGGGAGAGAUCUGCCUUUAAUGAUCCAUGCAGUUGGUUAUUGAUUUCUGUGGAUGCCGUUACUGAGGUAACUAAACCCAACACAGUGUCACUGGCCUUGAAGGCCCAAGGGCAUCCAUUUAACUGAAACCACUGCGCCCAAGUCCUUGAUGUGAACAAAGUGAAUGUCCGCUUUGUCUCUAUUAAAAAAGUCCCACAAAAAGAAUAAUAAUGUCUUGUUAAGAACAGGUUUUGACUGUAUCCUGUUUUUGGAACCUCUCGGGCUUGACUCUCAUCGAGUGAAGCAAAUAGUGCAUGUGUAUGUGUGAUUUUGUUUCGAGAGCCUGUUUGGAAGUCAGGUGCCUGAUGUUGUAAAUAUCUACAGGUAUUUCUUGGAACUGGGUAUUUCUAAAUCGGUUAUACGGAGGCAGAUUCUUUGUGCCAAAAACUUCUAUACUUGAUUUGAAUCAUGGUUAAGGAAAACUGUUGAUACUGUUUUCUUUAUAAAAAUAUCCUCAUGUCAAGAAUAAAUUAAUGAGGGCUAUGUGAUAAAAGCAAAUUCUGCAGAUGCUGGAAAUCCAGAGUAACACACACAAAACACUAGAGGAACUUAGCAGGUGAGGCGGCAUCUAUGGAGAGGAAUAAACAGUCGACAUUUCGGACUGAGGUCCUUCAUCUGAACCCAUCAGGGCUAUGUGAUUCAAGAGACAGGGUUCUCCGUUACAAGGCUCUCUAAAUUUGUUUAAGGUGAUUCCCUCCAAUCUCCAUCCCAUUAUUCCCUCCACCACUAAAUGCAAAUCCUGCUCCUCAGGAAGCAAAAGAUCAAAAACAUAGGAGUUCCUGCAGAUACUAGAAAUCCAGAGUAACGCACACACAAAAUUUAGAGGAAGGGUCCUGACGACGGGUCUCGGCCCAAAAUAUCAACUGUUUAUUCUCCUCCAUGGAAGCUGCUUGACUUGCUGAGUUCCUCCAGUAUUUGGUGUGUUUUACUAAGCAAAAGAUCAGGUGUAUUUGUUUUAGAUUUCAACAGAAACUGAUGGCAAAUCUGUUGUCCCUCUUUAGUACGUAAGCUGAGGGAUGCUCAAGCUUGUCAAUAUUAUAGAAAACUGAGAGGAACUUUACAUCUGCAGCUGGGCAGGGGUAAUGGGGAUUUAAUAAAGUCUGCCUUGCCUUGA